UUAUAGUAUUUGAUUCAAAAAGAAAUGGGAUGCUGCACAUCUGCUCAUAAAGUUAGCAAACCAGAGCGGGGACCCUCCAGAAAUAUUAUAAAAUUACAGAAGAAGAGCGUCACUUGCAUUUUGCUUAAAUAGACCAGAUAGGUUUCACAAGAAGAUUGUUUUAACACUCUGAUCUUACUUUUCCCUAGCAGAGUUGGGAAAAUAUUCUCAAAUUUCUCGGCUAUUUCAUGAAAUCAGCGGUCAUCGGAAAGUCUUACAACUGUUCAGCUCAAAUGUUAACUCUGGAGAUGAGAUCAUCGGAUUCCAUGGAAAGAGUUAUAAUGCUUUUGCAAGUAUCACACAUCAGCAAUCCUUUGGGAUUCAUGACGAAGCUGACCAGGAAGAUAGGAGGAACGAUCUGGCCUUCCUUCAAAGUCACCCGAUGAUCACUGUAGAAGAGCCUGAAAGUUUUUACAUGCCAGAUGCAAGACCAACUGAUAGCUCUGAAGAUAGGAAAUCAUUCGGGACUGGAUUCGGAAAUUUAAGCCCUGAUAAACACGUGUGCACGUUUAGCUCAAGCAAGAGCGUUCUUAAUGUCCAGACAGCAGUGUCUACUCCUAGGGAGAACAGAUUAGCAAAGCUGAAACCCCCAACUGGGAAAAGGAUCGUCAAGGAUUAUUCUAUUGGUGCUUCCACUGAAGCUUAUGAGAAGGAAAAAGUCGACUUUAAAGAAACUGCUCAGAUGAGCUUUGGACUUCGAAGCUCUUCAAAGUCUAGCAUGGUUGGUGAAAGCAAAUAUAAUCGUUCGAGUGAGUCUAAGGAGAUUAGUGUAAUCCAAAAUAAGGCCAAAGCUGUUCCUGAAGCGAUUUAUUCUAUCAAUGAGAUAGAACUUGAUCUAGAGAGUGAGAUUGAGGAGGAAUGAGAUGAAGUCCCAAAGGAAGAUGUUCUAGACUUAAAACGGAACUUUCCUUCUGGAAGUUUCAGCUGACCACUUAAACCCGGGAUUCCUCCAUUAUUAAAGGAUGAUUCUUUCAAAAAGCCAAUCACUUGACUGGCUGAAAUAAGCUACUACCGGGGAAACUAAGUUGAGAUGAUACUGAG